AUUUUCAAGAUGGCGACCGGAUCGAAGAUCGAACUUUUCAGGAUAGCAGUUUAUGUGUUUUUCCCAGUUGCUCUCUUCUAUUACUUCAAUCUGCCGGAAAUUUAUGAUGAUUUUAUAACAAACAAGAAGCAACAAGUGUAUCCUCCUGAUGAACAAAUUUCAAAACCACCCACGACAUUAGAUGAUGUUAGAGCUGCUAGACAAAUAAUGCUUCAAAGAAAGAAAAAGGAACAAAUGGAAGAAAACUAAAUGCAAGCACAGGUAAUGUUGUGGAAUUUUUUUAACAAUGGCUGAAGAUAAUAUUGAACAAAAGGAAAAACAGGUCUGGUAUUCAUGGAAGAAUCUAUGUUGUUCACUUAAAUGAGAUAAAAAUGGCAGGAUUCUGAUGAUACCUACUGAAACACUAUGAGGAAAAAAGGGGAAAAUGGAAAAUACAUCUUAAUGUGGACAGUAAAUGUUAUUGGGUUUCAUCUCAGUAUUUAAAAAUGUUCCAUAAUGGCAUAAUACAGUAUUGGUGUGCUGGCACAGAAAGAACAGGACAAUACUUCUGCUUAUAUGAUGUUGAUAAUGUUGCUAAUCACUCCCCAAAAGUUUUACUGUACGUGUGAAUAUGGCUGCAACUCUAAAAAUGAAAUGCAAUACGUCUGUGUAUUGGCGGCAAAAUGGAACAUUGCCCCCCACAUGACUGAGACCUGCACCUUUGAAGUCUAAACCUGCCAGAUGAAGGUACUUUUCAAACAAGGGGCUGCAUUAAUGGUUCUGACUCAGACAACCAAUAAUCGUUACAGCUGUUUUUCCAGCAAAAUUAAAUCGCUUUAAUUAACCAGCUUAAUUUUGUCCAGUGAUUUGAUAAUUGCUACCAUCAGGGAAUUGCUCAGUGGAGAAAGAGUAGAGAUUGGCCACUUCUUUGAGAUAUAAAUUCGCUUGACUGACCACGAAACAAUGGUUUUAAGUCAAGGUUGGACUCAAUAAAUAAAAGAAUCAAGUUCAGUCUCAACUUCUAACCAUUGUUUUGUGUUCAUCCAAGCAAAUAUGGGAAAGGUCUAUUGUCAAAGCCCCAAAGAAGUUUAUUACAUUAAUUUAUUUUGCCAAGUUUCAAGAAAAUACCUGACUUAAAAAGGGGGAGCCGUGGCCCCAUUGGCCCCACUCCUAAAUCCGCCCCUGAGGCUGUCUGGUUUUACAUAAAGGUUCAAACGCUAGAGUGAGGUCUUGAAUUCUAAUGCAAAACCGAGCCUGUGCAUUUGAACUGGUUUAAAAUAUCAACUAAGCCCCAAAUUCCAUUGUUUCUGUUUCUGUAUGUAAGACACGAUAUACUAAAUUAUAUUGAAUACAGAGAGGUAGAUUACUGUUGCUUUGUUCUUUUGGAAAUAGAGUGCUUACGAUAUAUCCGUUUAAUUAAAAACCUAUCCCGGGUUUAUAAUUCAGCCCCGUUCUCCCCUGUUGAUAUCAAUUCCGCCCCCGGCUUUAAGAAUCUGAGUUUUCCGAAGAAUUUAAGAACCUACAUCAAACAAUGGAUUUAGGGUGUGGUUGAUUUUUAAAUCCUCUUUGAUAUUCAACUUCUAAAUUCCAAUUUGAUCAUGGAAUGAAGGGCUACAGGUUUGUUAGCCACUGGCUAUUAAGUGCUACCCUUGUAAAAAUGAGAAUGAUUAAACACAUCAUAUUGCUGUUAUCA